GUUCUUGAGAUAUUGAGUCUUGUCUGAUUGCUUUUAGCAAUGCCUUACAAACUUGGCUGCUGUUUAAAGAGGCAUUGAGGAAACACGAGCUCCCUCGACGCUGAUGCACAGGCAGACUUUGCUUCUAUGCCUUCCUCAAUGUGGCGAAUCUGCCGUUGUCGUCACUCUGACUGGACUCUUAGGUAAGCGUGCGGAAUCGGCUGUGGGAAAUACGAAGUGAAAGGUACUAGAGCCCCUACGGUCAUGGCGGCUACCGCCCCCAAGGCCGGGGGUCCAGCUCCUGAGGCGGCGAGUUCCGCCGAAGCUCCGUUGCAGUACAGCCUUCUUCUUCAGUAUCUGGUGGGCGACAAGCGUCAGCCCCGGCUUCUGGAGCCUGGCAGCCUGGGCGGGAUCCCGAGUCCUGCCAAGAGCGAGGAGCAGAAGAUGAUCGAGAGGGCAAUGGAAAGUUGCGCCUUCAAGGCUGUGCUGGCCUGUGUAGGAGGGUUUGUCUUGGGAGGCGCGUUUGGCAUCUUUACUGCUGGCAUUGAUACCAACGUAGGCUUUGACCCGAAGGACCCUUACCGGACACCAACUGCAAAAGAAGUCCUAAAAGACAUGGGACAGAGAGGAAUGUCCUAUGCCAAAAACUUUGCCAUUGUGGGCGCCAUGUUUUCAUGUACUGAGUGUCUGGUGGAGACUUACCGGGGAAAGUCAGACUGGAAGAACAGUGUCAUCAGUGGCUGUAUCACUGGUGGAGCCAUCGGCUUCAGAGCUGGAGUAAAGGCCGGAGCCAUAGGUUGUGGAGGUUUUGCUGCUUUCUCUGCUGCCAUCGAUUAUUACCUACGGUGAAAGAAACAGCCUGAAAGGAAGGAGGACGCCAGCCACCUUCAGAGCAGUUCUUUGGAGCAGCUUCUCCACACUUGGAUUGCUUCAGGGGUGAAGCCAGCUGCAUCCCUCUACAGUUGACAGUGUGAAGGACACACCUCGCUGCUCUCGCUCUGCAGCCAUUGGAGCAACCGUACUCUUCUACUUCUGAAUUUCAACCAGGUUUUUCAGGGCCUGCCAGAUUGUCUCCUUGCAGUAAACAGCAGGAGGCAGUGUGUGGACUGCACUAAGCUUGAACCAGGCUCAGUUCUGACCUGGCUUAGCUUCCCAGCUUUGAAGAGGGAGGUGGCAGUGUCGGCCCAUAGCCGGGAAGCUCUUCUUCCUUCUGUGUGCAAGCAUCCAUCACGAGUUCCAGGGCAGGGCAAAGUAAACUUAUGCCAUCGAGGCAAUUAUGUGAUUUCAA